AUGUCUUUCGCCAAGAUAAGGAUUACGCCGUCGCAGCAGUCGGUCCUGCGGGCCUCCGAUGCGGCGGCAGCCUUCACCGCCGCCAUGGGGCCACGCGGGCCCCAGGCUCCCGCCAGCGCCAAGAGGCCGGAGGAGGUGGAGAAGGAGGCCCGACCAAUCGGCAGCCGCAAAUCUUCCCCUCGACUUUCGACCGCCCAAUCAGCAACCCCGCAUCGACUCGAGGGACGCCCCGCCCAAUCAGCAACCCGCAUCGACUCGAGGGACCUCAGCUCGAGGGACGCCCCGCCCAAUCAGCAACCCGCAUCGACUCGAGGGACCUCAGCUCGAGGGGCGCCCCGCCCAAUCAGCAACCCGCAUCAGCAUCAGCUCGAGGAAAACCUUCCACGUGUGUCAGCCAUUAUCUCUGCAUUCGAUGAUAAGAUGUCUUUUGCAAAUUUGAAGAUGACGCCGUCGCAUCAGUUGGUCCUGCGGGCCUCUGAUGCGGCGGCAGCCUUCACCGCCGCCAUGGGGCCACGCGGGACCCAGGCUACCGCCAGGGCCAAGAGGCCGGAGGAGGUGGAGAAGGAGGCCCGAGCCCGCGUCGUCUCCGAGGGUGGUGACCCUGGGAACCCCAUGCUGGUGCUGGGCUGCCACAGCAUCCAGCUGGGGAAGUACCAGGGUCAGACCUUCCGGUGGCUCCUGGAGAACGACGCGGGCUACGCCUGUCACCUGGUCGCCAGUCACCAGCGGGAGCGGGAGACUAGUGCCUCGUACAGCCCGCUCAUGGCCAACAAGGACAGCCUCGCCCGCUACUCCUGCGCCCACCCCGCUUUUGCGGAGCAUCUCAACCCCCCCACCCUGCCCGGGCGGGGGGGCGAGGCGCUUGUUGGCUUUGGGCUGCACAAGGAGGCCACCCUGAAGGACCUGUGCGACUCCAAGGAGAAGGAGCGUCAGAACUACGUCAAGUGGCUACGGCGGAAGACACCGCAGCCUGGGAGCGCCAUGGACGUCGCCAUUAUGUACUUCUCGGGCCGAGACAAGGAGCGGUCGGCGGAGGCGGCUGCUACACCCCCUCCGCCCGCCAGCAGCAGCACCAGCAGCGGCCCCAGCACCACCACCAGCCAGGCCGCUGCUUCCACCGUGCUGCCGCCCCGCAAGCCGACCGCUCCCAAUUUCAAUUUUCUCGGCCGCGCACAUUUCUUGUGCGCGGGCGUCCGAUGGGCCCAGGGGAGCUGCAGGCCCAGAUCAGGGAACCGAUGACCCCACAAGCACGGCC